AUGUUUAAACCAAAAAUGAUAGAAAAUGAAAACAAUUUGCAUUGUCAAAAUAAACAUGGCCAACCAGUUCAUCUGGUUGUGCUUGAUCCAAAGCUAGAUAAGAAACAAAGACUUUUAUGUACUGAAUGUAUGGAAAAUUUCGAAUCAGAUGCAAAGACAAUAGGAUUUAAAAAAAUAAUCUAGAUUAUUGAAGAUAAUAUCAAGAAAACUAUGAGCGACUUAGAGGGUAUCACUUAGCAAACAGUUUAAUAACUAUAAAUUUGUAAUAGAAGUAUAUAAGAAUUAAAGGCAUAUUUUAUGAAAUUAUUUGAUUCUCUAAUUAGUAUAGUAGAGGAUUGGACAUAAAAUUUAUUUGCCUUAACAUAAUAAUCAAAAUAAUACAGUUUCUAUGAUGAGUUAGAUAGCUUUAUUAAGAAAUAGAAUAAUAUUAAUGAUUCUAAUAUAACAUUAAUCAAUAAUAUUAAUAGAUCUUGGAUGGCUAAACUAUUGAAGAUCUUAAAUUAAUAUAUUUAAGAUAAAGAUAAAGUUAACUUUAAUGAAUAANAAAUAAUUUCCAAUCAAAUAUAUUCAGAUCACAAUUCUUUCAAAUCUACUUGGAGAAUAUAUUUAUUAAAUAUUACUUAGUUUCAACUGUUCCCCAAAUUCUGA